AUGCAUUCAUUGCAGUUUCGGACCAUAUCCUCAAUGUCUUUAUCUAUACUAGGCCACCAUGAUAUAAUUUUAAAUGGAAAUAGAUAUAAAGGAACUCAAUGUUUGUGGAGAUUAUUAACUCAUGUAGAUCCUACCAAACCAGAAGUUUAUACAGAUGAUGAUUUUAAUAAUUAUAAAAAUAUAUUAAUUGAAACUGAUUAUAUAUAUCAUAACAAUGAUAUUUCAACGGGAAGAGCUAAAUCAAGUGGUGGUGCAAAAUAUAUAGGUAGCAAUGAUUUAGAAAAGAAAUUGAUUUGGAAAGAAAUAAAAGAAAUUAAUGAAAAGAAAGAAACUACUGAUAAGAAAAAAAUUAAUAAAAAGAAAGAAAAUAAUGAAAUAGGGGAGGGUUUAAAGAAAUACAGAGAAGAUCGUAUUGAAUAUCGUUAUAUUAGUAAUGUAAACCAAGUGAUAUAUAAUUUACAGUUUAUUUCUGCAGAAGAAAGAGCUUUAAAUAAUAAUUUUAAAAACGAAAAACUUGGUAUUGUUCAUUUGUUUAAAUCAAUUAUGGAAAACCUUAUUGAUACUCCUGAAAGUAUUGAAUAUUUACUAAAAUAUGUAACUUGUUUACCAAAGGAAGUGAAAAUAUCAAAAGGAAAAAUAAUUAAGAGGACGUUAUACCGCUUAUUUUCAACGGUAAAAACAUGUCCACGAAAAACAGUCAUAACUUCACUAAAAAGUGGUUUUAGAGUUAAAAUACCUAUAAUAAAAUGUAUAGAGAACAAUAUUUCCAAGAAAAUGUCAUAUCCGUUUUAUAUAAAAGUAAUUAGUAAAAAAGAUACAGCUAAUUAA